CGAGCGGCGGCGGGCUGGACUGCGGAGCUCCGGCCGCAAUGGGACACCUGUGGCUUUUAGGGACCUGGGGCUUCUGGGGGCUGCUCUUGUGCGCUGCGGACCCUCGCACAGAUGGCUCUAAAAUAAUUCCUAAAGUCACAGAAAUAAUACCUAAAUAUGGCAGCAUAAAUGGAGCAACAAGACUAACUAUCAAAGGAGAAGGUUUUGCUCAAGCAAACCAGUUUAACUAUGGAGUUGAUGAGGCUGAGCUGGGAAACAGUGUGCAGUUAGUUUCUUCUUUUCGAUCCAUUUCUUGUGAUGUAGAAAAAGAUGCAAGUCAUUCAACUCAAAUUACAUGCUAUACUAGGGCAAUGCCAGAAGAUUCCUACACUGUUAGAGUCAGUGUGGAUGGGGUUCCUAUUACCGAAAAUAAUACCUGCAGAGGUCACAUCCACAGCCGAGCAUGCCGCUUCUAUGCAAAAAGUUUCAGAACCCCAACAAUAAGGAGGAUCACACCUUUAUCUGGAACUCCAGGUACACUAAUCACAAUCCAAGGCAGAAUCUUCACUGAUGUCUAUGGAAGUAAUACUGCACUAAGCUCAAAUGGGAAAAAUGUUAGGAUUUUGAGAGUGUAUAUUGGAGGAAUGCCCUGUGAGCUUCUUAUACCACAAUCUGAUAAUUUGUAUGGUUUAAAACUAGACCAUCCAAGUGGAGACAUGGGUUCUAUGAUUUGUAAGACGACCGGAACUUACGUUGGUCAUCACAAUGUCAGCUUCAUCUUGGAUAGUGAUUAUGGAAGGAGUUUCCCACAAAAAAUGGCAUACUUUGUUUCUUCUCUGAAUAAAAUUGCAAUGUUUCAAACAUAUGCAGAGGUUACUACGAUUUCACCUUCACAAGGAAGCGUUCAAGGUGGCACCACGCUAACUAUAAGUGGACGGUUCUUUGAUCAGACAGACUUCCCAGUCAGAGUUCUAGUUGGAGGUCAAGCCUGUAAUGUUUUGAAUGUCACAGAAAAUAGUAUAUGUUGCAAGACAUCCCCUAAACCUGAUAUUCUCAAAACUGUACAUCCAGGUGGGAGAGGCCUAAAACUUGAGGUGUGGAAUAAUAGUCGGCCAGUGCAUCUUGAAGAGAUACUUGAAUACAACGAAAAGACGCCAGGCUACAUGGGCGCCAGUUGGGUAGAUUCAGCGUCCUACAUUUGGCCCAUGGAGCAAGACACUUUUGUAGCACGUUUCAGUGGGUUUUUGGUGGCUCCGGAGUCUGAUGUUUAUAGAUUCUACAUCAAAGGUGAUGAUCGUUAUGCAAUUUAUUUCAGCCAGACUGGACUUCCAGAACAUAAGAUGAGGAUUGCAUAUCAUUCUUCCAGUGCCAACAGUUAUUUUUCCAGUCCUACACAAAGAUCUGAUGACAUUCAUCUUCAGAAAGGAAAAGAAUAUUACAUGGAAAUCUUGCUGCAGGAGUAUACACUGAGUGCUUCUGUUGAUGUGGGACUGUACCAGUAUAGAAAUGUCUAUACUGAGCAGCAAACAGAAGAUGCAGUCAAUGAAGAACAAGUCAUUCAAUCGCAGUCAACAGUUGUCCAGGAAGUUCAGGUUAUAACAUUGGAAAACUGGGAAACAACUAUUGCAACUAAAGAAGUUCAGAGGGUCAUGAUAACCAGCCCAUGCAUAGAAGUCAAUUCAUGUUCCCUUUACCAAUAUAGAUUAAUUUACAACAUGGAAAAAACAGUCUUGCUACCUGCUGAUGCUUCUGACUUCAUACUGCAGUCAGCCUUAAAUGACCUCUGGUCUUUAAAACCGGAUACAGUUCAAGUAACAAGAACACAAAAUCCCCACAGUUUUGUUUACACGAUAACCUUUGUAUCAACUAGAGGAGACUUUGAUCUGCUUGAUUUCGAAGUAUUUGGCGGAUAUAAUGUCACACUGGAUAUUACAGAACAAACAAAAGGAAAACCCAGUUUGGACACAUUCACACUGAAUUGGGAUGGGAUCACUUCGAAGCCUCUUAGCCCACGGUCAUCAGAAACUGAAUUUCAGGCAGCAGUGGAAGAAAUGGUUAGCGCUCAGUGUCCACCGCAAGUUGCAAAUUUUGAAGAAGGAUUUGUUGUGAAAUACUUCAGAGAUUAUGAAAUGGAUUUUAACCUGGAACAUAUUAAUAGAGGGCAGAAGACAGCUGAAACCGAUGCUUACUGUGGUCGUUAUUCCUUGAAAAACCCAGCUGUUCUUUUUGACUCAGCAGAUGUUAAACCAAACAGACUACCAUAUGGAGACAUUUUAUUAUUUCCUUAUAAUCAGUUAUGUUUAGCAUACAAAGGAUUCCUGGCAAAUUAUAUUGGUCUAAAAUUUCAAUACCAAGACAACAACAAGAUUACUAGAAUCACUGAUACACAAUUUACAUAUAAUUUUGCUUAUGGAAACAACUGGACAUACGCUUGCAUAGACCUUCUGGACCUCAUACAAGCCAAAUACGUCGGGACUAAUUUUUCUCUUCAGAGGAUUAGUGUACAGAGAGCAUCAAAAUCACAGUCCUUCUAUGUGGAUGUAGUAUACAUUGGACAGACACCUACAAUUUCAGUAUGGGAUGAAAUGCCAAAGAGAAGACUUCCAGCAUUAGCAAAUAAAGGAAUCUUUUUAAAGCACUUCCAGGUGAAUCAGACCAAAAUUAAUGGAUCAAAUAUGAAGAACAAAUAUUCUGUCACCAUGACUUCAUAUAAUUGCAGUUAUAAUAUACCCAUGAUGGCUGUAAGCUUUGGGCAGAUAAUUACGAAUGCAUCAGAGAAUGAGUCUGUUUACAGAGGAAGCAACUGGCCAGGGGAGUCAAGGAUUCGUAUUCAAAGAAUUCAAGCAGCCUCUUCACCUCUUGGUGGCAACUUUGACAUUCAGGCACAUGGACGUAUUCUCAAAGGCCUCCCUGCGGCGGUGUCAGCGGCCGAUCUGCGGUUUGCUCUGCAGAGCCUGGAAGAGGUGGGACUCGUCUCAGUCACACGAGAGGGAACCUGUGCUGGGUACUCGUGGAACAUCAAGUGGAAAAGCGCGUGUGGGAAGCAGAAUCUUCUACAGAUUAACGAUUCCAACAUUAUUGGAGAAAAGGCUAACAUGAAAGUUACAAAGGUAAAGGAAGGUGGCUUAUUCAGACAACGCAUACUCGGAGACCUACUUCGCGCACCCUGCCAACAGCCACAGGUUGAAGUCUAUGUCAAUGGAAUUCCUGCUAAAUGUUCCGGUGACUGUGGGUUUACAUGGGAUCCCAUGACUACUCCCAUAGUCCGGGCAACAAGCCCUUCCCAAGGGUCCUAUGAAGAAAGAACAAUUCUAACCAUAUCAGGCUCUGGAUUCUCUCCUAGUUCAGCUGUUUCUGUCUCUGUUGGACCAAUAGAUUGCUCCCUUCUUUCUGUGAAUGAAAAUGAGAUCAAGUGCCAGAUUCUGAAUGGAAGCGCUGGACAUUUCCCAGUCGCCGUGUCCGUGGCUGACGCUGGACUGGCACGGCAUGUGGAGGGCCAGGUACGCCACUUCACCUACCAGAGUCGGAUCUCGCACGUCUGGCCUGCUUCUGGAAGCCUGGCAGGUGGUACUCUUCUGACCCUAUCUGGAUCUGGUUUUAAUGAAAAUUCAAAGGUAUUAGUUGGAAAUGAAACCUGCAAUGUGAUUGAUGGGGAUUUGAAUAAGAUAACCUGCAGAACCCCAAAAAGAAUUGAGGGUACAGUUGAUAUUUCAGUUAUAACCAAUGGAUUUCAAGCCACAGCAAAGGAUGUUUAUAGUUAUAAUUGUUUACAGACUCCAGUUAUAACUGAUUUUAGUCCGAAAGUACGAACAAUACUAGGAGAAGUUAAUUUAACAAUCAAGGGUUAUAACUUUGGAACUGAACUCACUCGAAGAGUGGAGGUGUAUGUUGGAGGAAAACGCUGCCAGGUUCUUCACUGGAACUUCACUGACAUCAGAUGCCUUUUGCCCAAGUUGUCUCCUGGAAGACAUGACAUCUGUGUAGAAGUCACAAACUGGGGGUUUGCAUCGACAAGAGACAGGUUAAAUGCUUCUAUACAGUAUAUUUUGGAAGUGAGCAAGAUGUUUCCACAGAGAGGCUCCUUAUAUGGGGGAACUGAAAUCACUGUAAUGGGUCUGGGGUUUAGUACCAUACCCACUGAGAACACCGUGCGCAUAGGGUUCUUCCCUUGCAGUGUGACAUCAUCCUCCUCGGAUGUCAUAAAAUGUACUCUUUCUUCAACAGGGAAUGUAUUCAGGAUUACCAACGAUGGGGAAGAUUCAGUACAUGGAUUAGGUUAUGCCUGGUCACCAUCAGUCUUAAAUGUGUCUGUGGGAGACACAGUGACAUGGUACUGGCAAGCACAUCCAUUUCUUAGGGGAAUCGGAUAUAGAGUUUUCUCUGUCUCCAGUCCUGCAAGUGUAACUUAUGAUGGCAAAGGAUUUAUGAAUGGAAGAGAAAAAUCUGCAGCAGGUUCAUUUUCUUACCAAUUUACUUCGCCUGGAAUCCAUUAUUAUAGCAGCGGGUAUGUUGAUGAAGCUCAGUCCAUUUUUCUCCAAGGAGUCAUUAACGUUUUACCGGCUGAAACCAGGCAAAUUCCCCUGCACCUGUUUGUGGGUAGCACUGAAGCCACAUAUACUCAGGGAGAACCUCUGAAUGUGCACUUGGGAAGCUCUGUGGCAGGCUGCCUAGCAACAGAACCCCUGUGUGGCCUGAACAACGCCGGGGCUAAAAACUCAGACAGAUUGCUCUUUGAGCUGUCAAGGUGUUCUUCACCGUCUAUAAACAGCAUUAGUCCAUCUACCGGAACAGUGAAUGACUUGAUAACGAUUACUGGACAAGGCUUCAGUAAUCUCACAUGUGCUAAUAAGGUUACAAUUGGUAGCUACCCCUGUGUCGUAGAAGAAAGUAGUACCAAUUCCAUGGUAUGUCAUAUUGACCCUCAAAACUCAAUGGAUGUUGGCAUCAGGGAAACUGUCACUGUAACUGUCUACAACCUGGGCAUUGCUGUCAACACCCUGUCCAAUGAAUUAGAUAGGCGAUUUGUACUUUUGCCAAACAUUGAUAUGGUGUUGCCAAAUGCAGGAUCAACCACAGGAAUGUCAAAAGUAACCAUAAAAGGCUCUGGAUUCUCCGUUUCUUCUGCAGCUAUCGAGGUCCUUAUGGGUCAUUUUCCAUGUAGAGUUCUAUCAGUGAAUUAUACAACCAUUGAAUGUGAAACAUCUCCUGCUCCCCAGCAGCUUGUGACCAUACAGGUUCUAAUCCAUGGAGUGCCUGCCCGGUGUCAGGGGAACUGCAGCUUUUCAUACGUAGAAAGCAUCGCUGCUUUUAUAACAAGAGUCUCUCCAAAUUCUAUCAGGGGAUCUGUUAUAGUCCUUAUUGAAGGAGAAGGUUUUGGCACUAUCUUGGAGGACAUUGCUGUUUUCAUUGGAAACCAACAGUUCCGAGCAAUAGAUGUUCAUGAAAACAACAUCAGUGUCCUUGUCACUCCCCUCCCAGCUGGGUUCCAUCCCGUUAGUGUUGUGGUGGGAAGUAAAGGCUUGGCUCUGGGAAACCUGAGUGUUAGCAGCCCGCCAGUAGCAUCCGUCACACCAAAUUCUGGAAGCAUUGGUGGUGGAACUACUUUGGUGAUCACAGGAAAUGGCUUCUAUCCAGGCAACACCACCGUCACUGUGGGGGAUGAACCUUGUCGAAUUAUUUCUGUCAACUCCAGUGAAGUCUACUGCCGCACCCCAGCAGGAACCGCUGGACGAGUCAAUGUGACGGUCUUUGUGAACGUGGUAGCUUAUCCGCCUCUGCCAUUUACAUAUGCCGCGGAGGACACACCGCUGCUCAGAGAAGUUGUUCCAAGCACAGGUCCACCAGGAACCAAAAUUCAGAUCACUGGAUCUAAUUUUGGUAUUGACAUCUCGGAAAUUUCGGUGAUGAUAAAUAAUAUUCAGUGUAAUGUAACCAUGGUCAAUGAUAGUGUGUUGCAAUGCAUCGUUGGAGAUCACGCUGGUGGCACGUUUCCUGUUAUGAUGCAUCAUGAGACAAAAGGCUCUGCUGUGUCCACAGUUGUAUUUGAGUACCCACUUGCCAUUCAAAAUAUUCAUCCAAGCCAAGGGAGCUUCGGUGGUGGUCAGACCAUGACUGUGACAGGCACUGGGUUUAACCCACAAAAUUCCAAAAUAUUAGUAUGCGGCUCAGAAUGUGCAGUUGAUGGGCAUAAAUCUGAUUACACAACAUUAUUAUGUAAAAUUCCACCUAAUAAUGACGGGGGACCAGAGCAAGCCUGUGAAGUGAGUGUGGUCAAUGGGAAGGAUUCAUCACAGUCCACAACUCCUUUCGUGUACACCUUGUCACUGACUCCGCUCGUCACUAAAAUAUCUCCCAGGAGAGGCAGUACAGCAGGGGGCACCAGACUAACAGUCACGGGAUCAGGCUUCAGUGAAAAUAUACAGGAUGUUCUCGUCACCAUAGCUGAAGCCAAAUGUGAUGUUGAAUAUUCCAACAAGACAUGUAUCAUCUGCAUGACAAAUGCGCACACUCCUUCAGGGUGGGCUCCUGUGCACGUCGCCGUUGGAAGCGUGGGCAUGGCCAGACGGGGUAAUGCUGACUUCCUGUAUGUUGAUGCUUGGUCCUCCAACUUCUCCUGGGGAGGAAAACCUCCUCCAGAGGAAGGGUCACUGGUUGUCAUUACAAAAGGACAGACAAUUUUGCUGGAUCAAAAUACCCCUAUUCUGAAAAUGUUGCUUAUUCAGGGUGGAACUCUAAUGUUUGAUGAAGCUGACAUUGAACUCCAGGCAGAAAAUAUUCUAAUUACAGAUGGAGGCACUCUUCAGGUUGGGACCGAAGCAUCUCCAUUUCAACACAAAGCCGUCAUCACCUUGCAUGGGCACCUGCGGUCUCCUGAGCUCCCGGUGUAUGGUGCCAAAACGCUGGCUGUGCGCGAGGGAGUCCUGGAUCUACACGGUCGUCCUGUUCCUGUGGUCUGGACUCGUUUGGCUCACACUGCACAGGCAGGGGAAAGGACUUUGAUUUUACAACAAGCCGUGACAUGGAAACCAGGAGAUAAGAUUGUGAUCGCAAGCACAGGACACAGACACAGUCAGCGAGAGAACGAAGAGAAGAGCGUGGCGGCUGUGUCCGCCGACGGCGUGACCGUAACGCUGGCCAGUCCGCUGAGUUACACACACCUAGGGAUCACUGUCCCCCUUCCCGAUGGAACGCCGUUUGAAGCAAGGGCGGAAGUUGGAAUUCUUACAAGAAAUAUCUUAAUAAGAGGAUCUGAUAAUGUGGAGUGGAAUAACCAAAUUCCAGCAUGUCCUGAUGGAUUUGACACAGGUGAAUUUGCUACACAGACAUGUCUCCAAGGAAAGUUUGGAGAAGAAGUAGGAAGUGAUCAAUUUGGAGGCUGCAUUAUGUUUCAUGCGCCUGUACCUGGUGCUAACAUGGUAACUGGAAGAAUAGAAUAUGUAGAGGUAUUCCAUGCUGGCCAGGCUUUUCGGUUGGGGAGAUAUCCAAUACAUUGGCACCUGCUGGGAGAUUUACAGUUCAAAUCUUAUGUGAGAGGCUGUGCAAUUCACCAGACCUAUAACAGAGCUGUUACUAUCCACAACACACAUCACCUUCUGGUUGAGAGGAAUAUUAUCUAUGAUAUCAAGGGAGGAGCAUUUUUCAUAGAAGAUGGUAUUGAACAUGGCAAUAUCCUGCAGUAUAACUUGGCAGUGUUUGUGCAGCAAAGUACUAGUCUUCUGAACGAUGAUGUGACUCCAGCUGCAUUUUGGGUAACUAACCCAAACAAUACCAUUCGGCACAAUGCAGCUGCUGGGGGCACUCACUUUGGCUUUUGGUACCGAAUGAACAACCACCCUGAUGGGCCAUCCUAUGACCGAAACAUUUGCCAAAAAAGAAUUCCUCUUGGAGAAUUCUUUAACAACACUGUUCAUUCUCAAGGUUGGUUUGGAAUGUGGAUAUUUGAAGAAUAUUUCCCCAUGCAAACAGGAUCUUGUACUUCUACCGUGGCACUGCCUGCAGUAUUUAAUUCACUUACUACUUGGAAUUGUCAAAAAGGAGCUGAAUGGGUCAAUGGAGGUGCCCUUCAGUUUCAUAACUUCGUGAUGGUAAAUAAUUAUGAGGCAGGAAUUGAGACCAAGAGGGUCCUGGCUGCUUAUGUUGGAGGAUGGGGUGAAAGCAAUGGAGCGGUGAUUAAAAAUGCCAAAAUCGUUGGUCAUCUUGAUGAACUGGGAAUGGGGUCUGCAUUUUGUACAAUGAGAGGUCUGGUUCUCCCAUUUAGUGAAGGCUUAACUGUGUCUUCCACACACUUUAUGAACUUUGACCGUCCCAACUGUGUAGCUUUGGGAGUGACAUCCAUCACUGGAGUUUGCAAUGAGAGAUGUGGAGGUUGGAGUGCAAAAUUUGUUGAUAUCCAGUAUUUUGACACACCAAACAAGGCUGGCUUUCGAUGGGAACAUGAAGUGGUACUGAUUGAUGUUGAUGGUUCACUCACAGGUCACAAAGGACACACCGUCAUCCCACACAGCUCAUUGCUGGACCCUUCGCACUGCACUCAGGAGGCCGAGUGGAGUGUUGGGUUCCCUGGGUCUGUCUGUGACGCCUCAGUCAGCUUCCACCGCUUGGCAUUCAACAAGCCUUCUCCAGUAUCUCUGCUUGAGAAGGACGUGGUGCUCUCAGACGCUUUUGGCACAAGCAUUGUCCCCUUUCAGAAGAAACGACUGACUCAUAUGUCUGGAUGGAUGGCUCUGAUUCCAAAUGCAAAGCACAUUAACUGGUAUUUUAAAGGUGUGGAUCACGUAACCAACAUAUCAUAUACAUCGACAUUCUAUGGAUUCAAGAGACAUUUAGAUGAAGUGGAAGUUCUCUGUAUGGCUUAUGGCUUAUGGCUUACCCUGAUUUCAUUCAUUCUUCACUCUCCAUCUCUAAUGGAAGAAGACUAUGUCAUCAUAUCUCAUAACUUCACUCAAAAUCCUGAUAUGUUUAAUGUUGUUGAUAUGAGGAAUGGCUCCUCAAAUCCCCUGAGCUGGAAUACUAGCAAGAAUGGAGACUGGCACCUUGAACCAAACACCAGUACUCUGUAUUACUUGGUGUCAGGGAGAAAUGACCUUCCUCAAAGCCAGCCUGUUUCUGGGACCCUGGACCCUGACGUGAAAGAUGUGACUAUUAAUUUCCAAGCUUACUGCUGCAUUCUCCAGGACUGCUUCCCUGUGCACCCCCCGUCAAGGAGUCCGAUUCCCAGGAAGCGGCCAGCCACAUACAACUUAUGGUCAAAUGAUUCUUUUUGGCAAUCAUCUCGGGAAAAUAAUUAUACCAUACCUCACCCAGGAGCAAAUGUGGUUAUUCCUGAAGGAACAUGGGUUGUAGCAGACACAGAUAUUCCACCAAUGGAAAGGCUCAUUAUUUGGGGGGUUCUAGAACUGGAAGAUAAACAGAAUGUGGAGGCUACAGAGUCUUCUUACAGAAAAGUUGUUUUGAAUGCUACCUACAUAUCACUGCAGGGUGGUAGAUUAAUUGGUGGCUGGGAAGAUAACCCUUUUAAAGGAGAAUUACAGAUUAUUCUUAGAGGAAAUCAUUCCACUCCAGAGUGGGCUUUUUCAGAAGGACCAAAUCAAGGAUCAAAGGUGUUAGGAGUGUUUGGUGAGCUGGACCUUCACGGAAUUCCCCGUUCCAUAUACAAAACUAAACUCUCGGAAACCGCAAACGCAGGUUCCAAAGUCCUGUCUUUGGUGGAUGCGGUGGAUUGGCAGGAGGGAGAAGAGAUUGUGAUAACAACCACAAGCUAUGACAUCCACCAGACAGAAACUAGAAGCAUCGUUAAAAUCCUGCACGAUCACAAAAUUCUCAUUCUCAAUGAUACCCUUUCCUACACUCACCUUGGUGAAAGAUACCAUGUUCCUGGUACAGGUCAGAGCUACAGGUUAGCAGCUGAUGUUGGGAUACUGAGUAGGAACAUCAAAAUUCUUGGUGAAGACUACCCAGGCUGGUUCAAGGAAUCUUUUGGUGCACGCGUUUUGGUCAGCUCAUUCACUGAAAAUACGAUGACAUUUAAAGGAAAUGCAAGAAUAAGUAACGUGGAAUUUUAUCACAGUGGCCAAGAAGGCUUCAGGGAUAGCACAGAUCCACGAUAUGCUGUCACGUUUCUUAACCUAGGGCAGAUUCAAGAACAUGGCUCCUCUUACAUCCGAGGCUGUGCCUUUCACCAUGGCUUUUCCCCAGCAAUUGGUGUGUUUGGGACCGAUGGAUUGGACAUAGAUGAUAACAUCAUUCACUUGACAGUGGGGGAAGGCAUAAGAAUAUGGGGGGAUGCCAACAGAGUCCGGGGAAACUUGGUCGCACUUUCAAUUUGGCCGGGAACUUAUCAGAACAGAAAAGAUUUCAGUUCAACGCUGUGGCAUGCAGCAAUCGAGAUAAAUAGAGGGACCGACACAGUCUUACAAAAUAAUGUCGUGGCUGGAUUUGGAAGGGCAGGAUACCGAAUUGAUGGGGAACCUUGCUCCAUUCAGUCUAACCCCCUGGAAAAGUGGUUUGACAAUGAAGCCCAUGGGGGUUUCUAUGGCAUCUAUCUGAACCAAGAUGGCCUUCCUGGAUGUUCUCUUAUACAGGGAUUUACCAUUUGGAUGUGCUGGGAUUAUGGAAUUUAUUUUCAGACCACAGAGAGUGUCUAUAUCCAUAAUGUGACCCUGGUGGACAAUGGAAUGGCCAUUUCUUCAAUGAUUUACAUGCCAGCUGCCAUAUCUCACCAAAUUUCCAGUAAAACUGUGAAAAUUAAGAGCUCAUUAAUUGUUGGAAGUAGCCCUGAAUUUAAUUGCUCUGAUGUCUUAACAAAUGAUGAUCCCAAUAUCGAACUUUCUGCUGCCCAUCGGAGUUCUAGACCUCCAUCAGGCGGGAGAAGUGGGAUUUGCUGGCCUACCUUUGCUUCAGCACAUAACAUGGCACCCCGGAAGCCUCACGCAGGGAUCAUGAGCUACAAUGCCAUCAGUGGCCUUUUGGAAGUCUCAGGUUCAACAUUUGUUGGAUUCAAGAAUGUUUGUUCAGGUGAAACUAAUGUGAUAUUCAUUACUAAUCCUUUAAAUGAGGAUUUACAGCAUCCAGUCCAUGUGAAGAACAUACAACUGGUUGAUACUACUGAACAAUCAAAAAUAUUUAUACAUAGGCCUGAUGUAAGAAAGGUGAAUCCAUCUGAUUGUGUAGACAUGGUUUGUGAUGCCAAAAGGAAAUCUUUUCUCAGAGAUAUGGAUGGCUCCUUUCUGGGGACUUCUGGUUCAGUGAUACCUCAAUCAGAAUAUGAAUGGAAUGGAAAUAGCCAAUUUGGAAUCGGAGAUUACAGAAUUCCGAAGGUGAUGCUCACAUUCCCAAAUGGAAGUAGAAUUCCUGUUACCGAGAAAGCACCUUAUAAAGGAGUUAUUAGAGAUGCAACCUGUAAAUACAUUCCAGAGUGGCAGAGCUAUAAGUGCUCUGGGAUGGAAUAUGCAAUGAUGGUUAUCGAAAGCCUGGACUCCGACACAGAAACUCGAAGACUCUCACCAGUGGCUAUAGUGAGCAAUGGUUAUGUAGAUCUCAUUAAUGGCCCCCAGGACCAUGGUUGGUGUGCCGGAUACACCUGCCAGAGAAGACUGUCCCUGUUUCAUAGCAUUGUGGCUCUGAAUAAAUCAUAUGAAGUUUACUUCACUGGCACCAGUCCUCAAAAUCUUCGACUGAUGCUGCUUAACGUUGACCAUGACAAGGCUGUUCUGGUAGGAAUUUUUUUCCCCACACUGCAGCGUUUGGAUGUCUAUGUGAACAAUGCGUUGGUCUGCCCCAAAGAUACAGUGUGGAACUCCCAACAGAAGCACUGUGAACUUAAUAGACAUCUGUACACAGGGCAAUUCCUUCCUAACCUGAAUUCCACUGUCUUUGGUGAAAACUACUUUGAUAGAACCUACCAGAUGCUUUACCUUUUGGUUAAAGGAACCGUACCUGUUGAAAUCCACACCACCGCAGUCAUAUUUGUUUCUUUCCAAAUACCUGCUAUAACUGAAGAUGACUUUUAUAGCUCUCAUAAUCUGGUUAGAAAUCUUGCCUUGUUCUUAAAGAUACCAAGUGACAAAAUCCGUAUCAGCAAAAUAGGAGGGGAGCGUCUUCGGAAGAAGAGAUCCAUGGGAUUCAUUGUUGAACUGGAGAUUGGAGACCCACCCCCUCGGUUCAUAAGCAAUGACACCACAGGUCAGAUUCAAUUAUCUGAACUCCAAGAAAUCGCUGCUUCUCUUGGACAAGUUGUUGUUUUAGGAAAAACCAGUAGUACCCUUGGAUUUAAUGUCUCUUCCAUGUCUAUUACCAAGCCUCUCCCCAGCCCAAUUGAUUCUGGUUGGAGUAAGGUGACUGCCCAGCCGGUGGAAAGGUCUGCGUUUCCUGUUCAUCACGUGGCCUUCGUGUCCUCCCUCUCGGUGAUCACGCAGCCAGUGGCAGUGCAGCUAGGACAGCCAUUUGCUCAGCAGCCUUCAGUAAAGGCAAUAGAUUUGGAUGGUAAUUGUGUAUCAGUUGAGAUUACUUCACUGACUUUGAAGGCUGUACUAAAGGACUCCAAUAAUAACCAAAUCAGUGGUCUUAGUGGAAAUACAACAAUUCCAUUUAGCAGCUGUUGGGCCAAUUACACAGACCUUACUCUUCUUAGAACAGGGAAAAAUUAUAAGAUUGAAUUUGUUCUGGAUGAUGUUGCCCGGGUGGAAUCCAGGGCUUUCAGCCUCCCAGCGCAGUCUGUCUCCGGAGGCGGCGGCGGGGGCAGCGGCACAGCGUCCAUCGGGGGCACAGCUGCCCAGAUUAUGGCUACAAUGAUUAGCUGUCUGAUGGGGAGAGUGUUGCUCUUGGAAAUAUUUAUGGCUGCAGUUUUGACUUUGAACGUAAAUCUAGGAAGCAACUGAAGUGCUAUUCUGAAGAACAGGCUGGAAACAAAAACAGAAGAACUGCUUUUUUUCUGAGCUGUUUUAUUGCCCAACAAGAAGUCUAUA